AUGGCGAGCACUGGACAACGACCUGCAGAUGACUCUGCCCCUAGCUACUCCGAGAUUGUUGCAUCUUGGUCGCCCGAAGAACGAGCCGCUAGGGAGAAGAAGUUGAUCAGAAAAAUUGAUCUGAGACUGCUGCCCAUAUUGAUCCUCAUGUACAUCAUGAAUUACAUCGACCGCAAUGCCCUACCCCAAGCAAAGGUCCAAGGACUCGUGGCUGAUAUUGGCCUUGUCGGUGUCGAAUAUAAUAUUGUGCUCAGCUUGACGUUCAUCGGUUAUAUCUUGAUGCAAGUGCCUAGUAACAUGAUCUUGGGCUUGACGAGGCCGAGUAUAUACCUGUCGGUGGUCAUGAUCUUAUGGGGCAUCGUCAGCGGUUGCUCUGGUGCGGUGCACAACUUUGCCGGUAUGGCGGCUUGCCGUUUCUUCCUUGGAAUCACUGAAGCCCCUUUCUUUGCUGGCGUUGCCUUUCUAUUCUCGGGCUGGUACACAAGAGCAGAGCUUGGACUUCGAUUGGGCAUCUUCUUUUGCGCUGCCAUGCUCAGUGGAGCAUUUGGCGGGCUCUUUGCCGCAGGUAUCGCGGCCGCAUUUCAAGGCAACGCCAUAGCGAGCUGGCGCUGGCUUUUCAUCAUCGAGGGAGCUGCAACAGUAGUAUUUGCAUGUGCCACUGCCUUUGUCAUUCCAGAUUGGCCAGCAACGACCAAAUGGCUGACUGAAGAGGAGAAAGCCCUCGGGGUCGUUCGACUCAUCGAAGACGCCGGAGAAGAGGACUCAGAAAUCAAGACAUGGCAUGCAUUCAAAAUGGCAGCAAAGGAUUUUAGGAUCUGGCUCUGUAUUGCCAACCAAAUGUGUUUGCAGGCUGUUGCCUCGCUAACCAAUUUCUUGCCCACACUCGUCAAGAACUUUGGCUUCAGCACCAUCCAUACACUCUUGCUGACUGCACCUCCCUACCUCUUUACCGCCUGCUUCUGCUUGUUCAAUACGUGGUAUUCCGACAAGACUAGCCAGCGCUCUCCGCACAUUGUCUAUCCCACCAUCGUUGCCAUUGCUGGCAUCAUCAUUACGGUGGCGACGACAAACAUUGGCGCUCGCUACUUUGCGCUCUUCCUCAUGCUACCCGGCACGUAUGGCUGUUUUCAAAUCUCCAAUGCGUGGAUGGCAAACAUUGCAGCCCGCCCUCAGAAGAAGCGCGCAAUAGGACUCGCCAUGAACAAUUCCAUUGGCAAUCUUGCCCUUGUCUGGACUCCCUACUUGUAUCCAGACAGUGCUGGUCCGAGAUACACGACAGCCUGGGGUGUCAAUUUGGCACUUUGCGUCGUGACAUUAGUAUCAACACUGCUUCUAUCAUACUACCUGAAGAGAGACAACAAGAAGAUGGAGCAGCUGGAGGCAGAUGGCUACACAUUGGAAGAGGGAGAUGUGAAGGGGAAAUCCAAAGCGGCUGCCCAUCAUCACGAACAUCCCACUGCAGGUCGACCAUUGGGUGGUGCCGGAACCGGUAAACUGGCCAAAUACCAGACAUAG